GCGUGGCGGAGGCAGCAUGGCGGCCCCCGGGAGGAGAAAACUGGAGGAGCUGAGCCUGGACGAGUUCCUCGCUGCCGGCUCGGACUCGGAGCAUGACGGCGGCUGGGAGGAUGAGGAGGAGGAGGAGGAAGGCGGCCGGGCCCUUAAUGGGACUGCGAGGCAGAGGCGGCCGAGCGGGAAGGCGGCCCAGGGGCUGCAGGCACGGCCGGGCAGCAGGAAGAAGGGAAAGGCGUCAGAGCACAAGGAUCAGCUCUCCAGGCUGAAGGACAGAGACCCCGAGUUUUACAAGUUCCUGCAGGAGAACGACCGCAAGCUGCUGGACUUUGAUGCCUCGGACAGCUCAGAGGAGGAGGAGGCUCUGCACAGACCCCCUGACACCCUGGAGGAAGCCAGUGACGAGGAUGAAGAUGAUGAGGACGAAGAGCAAGAAAAAGUCAAAAGGAAGAAAGUUUCCCUCAUCCAUGUGAGCUUGAAGAUGGUGGAGGAGUGGAAGAAAGCUGCCCAGAGGAAUCUCACCCCAAAGCUCUUCCAUGAGAUCACCCAGGCCUACAAGGCAGCCGUGGCCACCACCAAAGGGGACAGUGGCGGUGACCCCAGCAAGUUCCAGGUGACUGACACUGCAGUGUUCAACGCCCUGGUGUCCUUCUGUAUCCGGGACCUGUUCCACCUCCUGCACAAGCUGCUGCUCCCCAAAGCCCCCAAGAACAAGCUCAAAAUGGUUCUCCCUUCCACCAGCCCCCUGUGGGGAAAGCUCCGACUGGACAUCAAAGUUUACCUUGGCUGUACCAUACAGCUGCUGUCCUGCCUGACAGAGGCCUCAGUGGGUGCAGCAGUCCUGCAGCACGUGAGCUCCACAGUCCCAUACUACCUGUCCUUCCCCAAGCAGUGCCGGGCCCUGCUCAAGCAAACCAUCACUCUGUGGAGCACAGGGGAGGAGACAGUCAGGGUCCUGGCCUUCCUGGUGCUGAACAAGAUCUGCAGGCACAAGAAGGAGGUUUACCUCAGCCCCCUGCUCAAGCAAAUGUACAUUGCCUUUGUGAAGAACUCCAGGUUCACCUCUCCCAACGUGCUGCCCAUGAUCAACUUCAUGCAGAGGACCCUGACGGAGAUGCUGGCCCUGGACAGCGCCGCGUCCUACCAGCACAGCUUCAUCUACAUCCGCCAGCUGGCCAUCCACCUGCGCAGCGCCAUGACCCUCAGGAGGAAGGAGAACUUCCAGUCAGUCUACAACUGGCAGUACAUCCACUGCCUGUACUUCUGGUGUCGAGUUCUCAGCACCAUCCACCCCAGUGAGGUCAUGGAGCCCCUCAUCUACCCCUUGACACAGGUCAUCAUUGGCUGCAUCAAGCUGGUGCCAACGUCUCGGUUCUACCCCCUGCGCAUGCACUGCAUCCGUGCCCUCACGCUGCUGUCGCAGAGCACCAGGACCUUCAUCCCCGUGCUGCCCUUCAUCCUGGAGGUUUUCCAGCAAGUGGAUUUCAACAAGAAGCCAGGACGGAUGAGUUCCAAGCCCAUCAACUUUGCUGUGAUCCUGAAGCUCUCCAAUGCCAACCUGCAGGAAAAGGCCUUCAGGGAUGGGCUCAUUGACCAGCUCUAUGACCUGCUGCUGGAGUAUCUGCAUGGCCAAGCCCACAGCAUUGGCUUCCCCGAGCUGGUUCUGCCCACUGUCAUCCAGCUGAAAUCCUUCCUGAAGGAGUGCAAGGUGGCCAACUACUGCAGGCCCAUGAGGCAGCUGCUGGAGAAGCUGCAGGAGAACUCAGCCCACAUCUGCAGCAGGAGGCAGAGAGUGACCUUUGGGGUGGCCAGCACCGCUGCUGUGGAGCAGUGGGAGAAGCAGCUGAAGGAGGAGGGCACGCCCCUGAGCAGGUACUACACGCAGUGGAAGAAGCUGAGGGAGAAGGAGAUCCAGCUGGAGAUCAGUGGCAAGGAAAGGCUCGAAGACUUGAACUUCCCAGAAAUCAAACGCAGGAGGCCGGAUGAGAGGAAGGAGGAGGAUAAGAAGGAAUUCAAGGAUCUCUUUGAGCUGGACAGUGACUCUGAGGAGGAGAAUGGUGGAUUCUCUGUGAAAGGGAAGGGCACGGCCUCGGAUGACAGCUCGGAAGCCAGCAGCAAGGAGUUUGGGGAGGAGGAUGAUGAUGAAGAAGGAAAUUACGAGGUGGAGGAGGACGAGGAGGAAGAGCUGGAAGAGGACAGCGAGGCAGAGGAGGAAGGCAGGGCAGGAGCCCAGCGUGCCCAGGGUGCCCAGGAUGCCCAGCGUGCCCAGCAGAGGCAGAGCUGCCCCCGGGGCCUGUCCCGCUCGGACCUGCAGCAGCUGGCACAGGGAGGGGAGGACCUGGUGCAGGACCUGGAGUUUUCUGACGAGGACUGAGCAGC